AUGUUGUUCGAGCGCGUCCGGGCCGGGCUGGUGGUGAUUGUAUCACUGAUGAUCGCACUACAUGCAGGCGACAGCGAAGCCUUCUUCCGCCACCUCUGCCACGGUGAGGUCGGAGUUGGUCGCAUCGAUCCUAUCGUCACUCCCGGCAAGGCUUCGGCCCACUGUCAUGGUAUCCACGGCGCUCAGAACAUGGCUUUGGACGUCGACUACAACACCCUUCUUGCUUCCGACUGCACUAGUUGUUCGGUCCGUCAAGACAAGUCAGCUUAUUGGUCUCCCUAUCUGUACUUCAAACAUGCCAACGGCACUCUUGAAUUGGUCCCAAAAUCCGGUGGUCUUACAGUCUACUACUUUACGGAGAGACCUGCUGACCGACCUGAUGACGCCAUCGUUGCCUUUCCGCCCGGCUUUCGCAUGGUCGCCGGCAACAACAUGAAGCGCGCAUUCUACAACGGCACAGCAAACCAAGUCCAACCUCCUUACAAGGAUACCUGGACGCAGCACGACAUUGAACAGCAGGCUAUCAUGGAAUAUGCUCUCGGCUUCAACUGCCUCCAUUACAAUGCGGGAUAUAACGAGGAUUCUCUUGCGCGCCACGGUCUACCAGCCAAGUCCCUUAUCGACAACAACUGCACAGAUGGAGUUCGUGCUGAGAUCAUGUUCCCGUCGUGCUGGAAUGGUCGUGAUCUCGACACUGAGAACCACGCUGACCACGUCGCAUAUCCUCCGAUGCUUCGCAAUGGUCCUUGCCCUUCAGGCUUCGAUACGCGUCUGCCACCGCUGUUCUUCGAGACCAUCUACUGGACUCCACUCUUCAAGGGCAUGGAAGGCGAAUACAUCUUUGCUAACGGCGAUCCGACUGGCUUUGGUUAUCAUGCCGACUUCAUCAACGGCUGGGAGGACGGAGUCUUGCAGGCUGCUAUUGACAACACCGAAUGCACACACCCAAACAGCAGCGGAGAGCAGAGCGCUUGUCCUGUGCUGGACAUCAAGCCAGAUGAAGAAAUCGUCAACUGCAAGAUGAACAUUCCAGAGGUUCUUCAGGCUGAGCAGGUCAACUACGUUGCUACCUUUCCAGGCGACGUGGGCAUCUAUCGUGGACCAGAAUAUGCGCCUGUGCCUGGCAAGCCAGUCGAGACCUCAUCCAUCGAGCCGACCGUCAUCAGCAGUGGCCCCACGGCUUCACCAACUUCGACGGCUGAUCCAUCUCCAGUCAAUGACACUACUAUCUCCACGAUAGCUCCGACCACUUCGGCGGAUGUGAGCAGCACCGCUGGUUCCAGUACGCUUACACCUUGGACCUACUAUCACGUCGAUGGCAACAAGACUACUGAAGUUGUCGUUUUCCAGACGGUCGUCACCGUGACUGUCGGGCCCAGCUUGGUUGGGGAAGCGACGUCGACUGCGCCGUUCGCCAACAGCACAGAGCCUACCGGACCCGUCAAGCGACGUCGUCACGGUCAUGGCCGAGUACACGUCUAG